GUUGUCUUUGCGCCAACAACAUCUUGGUGAAUAUGUACCGGAACCUGGUGGGGCUGCUCGGACGGGGGGCGACGGGCUGCCGGCCGGGCGCCGCCGUCGACUCUCUUUCGCUGCCGCCGGCGGCGGCGGCGUCUUCCGCGUCUUCGCUGCGGCGGCACCGCGGCUACUCGCGGCAGGCCGUCGACGACCCCAACUUCUUCGCCAUGGUGGAGGGCUUCUUCGAGCGUGGCGCCGCCAUCGUGGAGAACAAGCUGGUGGACGAGCUGAAGACGCGAGAGAGCCCCGAGAACAAGAGGAAGCGCGUCCGCGGGAUCCUGAGGAUCAUCAAGCCGUGCAACCACGUCCUCAGCGUCAGCUUCCCCAUCAAGAGGGACAGCGGCGAGUGGGAGGUCGUCGAGGGCUACCGAGCGCAGCACAGCCAGCACAGGACGCCCUGCAAGGGAGGGAUCCGUUACAGCACGGACGUGUCAGUCGACGAGGUCAAAGCGUUGGCGUCGCUGAUGACCUACAAAUGCGCCGUCGUUGAUGUUCCCUUUGGUGGAGCCAAGGCGGGAGUCAAGAUCAAUCCCAAGAAAUAUUCCGACAACGAGUUGGAGAAGAUCACCAGGAGGUUCACCGUGGAGCUCGCCAAGAAAGGUUUCAUUGGACCCGGCAUCGACGUUCCCGCUCCGGACAUGGGCACCGGGGAGCGAGAGAUGUCCUGGAUCGCCGACACCUUCGCCACCACCAUGGGGUACAACGACAUCAACGCUCACGCCUGCGUGACCGGGAAGCCCAUCAGCCAGGGGGGCAUCCACGGGCGCAUCUCGGCCACCGGGAGAGGAGUCUUCCACGGCGUCGAGAACUUCGUCAACGAGGCGGCCUACAUGAGCAAGCUGGGAAUGUGCCCCGGCUUCCGGGACAAGACCUUCGUCAUUCAGGGUUUUGGCAACGUGGGUCUUCACUCCAUGAGAUACCUUCACCGCUUCGGAGCAAAAUGCAUCGGAGUGGGCGAAAUCGACGGAAGCAUCUGGAACCCGGAAGGCAUUGACCCCAAACAGCUGGAGGACUACAAACUGGCCAACGGGACCAUCGCGGGCUUCCCAGAGUCUUCGCCAUACGACGGGAGCAUCCUGGAGGCCGACUGCGACAUCCUCGUUCCCGCCGCCGGAGAGAAGCAGCUCACCAAAACAAACGCGCACAACGUCAAGGCCAAGAUCAUCGCAGAGGGCGCCAACGGUCCGACCACGCCCGAGGCCGACCGCAUCUUCCUGGACAGAAACAUCCUGGUCAUUCCAGACCUGUACCUGAACGCGGGCGGCGUCACCGUGUCCUACUUCGAGUGGCUGAAGAACCUCAAUCACGUCAGUUACGGCCGCCUGACCUUCAAGUACGAGCGAGACUCCAACUACCACCUGCUGAUGUCCGUCCAGGAGAGUCUCGAGAGGAAGUUUGGCAAGCACGGCGGCGCAAUUCCCAUCGUUCCAACCUCGGAGUUCCAGGCACGCAUCGCCGGGGCGUCAGAGAAGGACAUCGUCCACUCGGGCCUGGCCUUCACCAUGGAGCGCUCGGCCAGGCAAAUCAUGCGCACGGCCAACCGGUUCCAGCUGGGUUUGGACCUCCGCACCGCCGCUUACGUCAACGCCAUCGAGAAAGUCUUCCAAGUGUACGCGGAGGCCGGACUCAUCUUCACGUAGCUGUCAAUCACGCGCGCGGUGAAAACGCCGUCAGCCUUAAAAGACAAGUUUCAGCAAAGGGAAAAAGCCAAACUCUUGACUUAUUUCUGUUACGAUGUUGAUUAGCCAUAUGAUGUUUAUUUAGAUGAUUAUUGUCAUUGGAUGUCCAAAGUGCUCAUGCACAUCAGCUUUGGUGUAAUAACUGGAUGACUUCCCUGUAAAUACAUUUUUGUUUUUGAAGGAGCUUUUGAACACGAUGGUCACACGGCGUUCAUACAAAUGCUCAUCGGCGUGUUUUUCCAUGCGAUUGACAGAAUUAAAGACUGACACGCGUGUAUUGUCUGUUGACAAGCGCUGGCUUUUAUGAUGGGAGUCACCUGCUAGCAUGUUAGCAUUUUCUCAUUUUCAAGCGCAGGGAGGAAUUCCAAAUGUUGCUCAGCGCAUCUCCAUUCAGCACUGUAGCAACAGUCAUUGGAAACGGGACCCCGUUUUGUCGAGGCCCGAGUUUCAAAUAGCAGCGAACCCAAAUGGAAUGCGGGAAAUGUUUCCCAAAUGCGCCCGGGAAUGUUGCUUUUGUUCCUUUUAUGAUUUGUGUCUUGUAUUUCUUUAUUGCUAAAACUUUGGAUUGUCAGGUGACUUUGGAGCUGACGAGGGGUGUCCUAACUAUGGUCCAGGGGCCGCUUGCAGCCCGCUGCCCAUUUUUUAGCAGCCCACGUCAUAUACAAAAAAUAACAUCUGACGCGGCCUGCGACACUAUUUGAUGUGUGUGUCUAAAAGUGGAGGGCUUGCAACGCACCUGACGCGUCAAACAACUACGAUUCAUACAUUGGUUUUAUAUAGUUUUGCCAAGAUAUGCAAAGAAACCAUUAAAAAUGACAGUAGUGACAAAAAUGUA